GAAAUUUGCUAUCUUAAAUAAUCAAUAUUAUAAAAAAAAAUUAUUCCUGAUAUUUAAAGGCUAAUCACCGACCAACAAAAGUAAGAAAAACAAUAUGAAAUUUGCUUAUAAAGAAAUGCUGUUUUUAAUCAUUGCUGCUACAAUAUUACUGGCAAGAGCUGGAAAUGUACACGAUAUCCAGAAACGCGCCACAAAAGCUGAAGAAGAGCAAGCUCGCGUACAAACAUAUCAACUGCGUUUACAAAACACAAUCGCAGCAAAAUAUAACAAGAGUGAACUCACAAAGAUGAGAUCAGAUCCUCUUCAAUGUUAUUCAUGUCAAGAUGCAAAGACGAACGAAGAAUGCAAUGCUGGAGGAAUGGUGACUUGUCUUCCAACACAAACUUCUUGUCAAACCGAGAUCAGAAUAUUUAAUCCAACUGAUAGCGUCAGUGUCAGAAUAAAGAAGGGCUGCAAGCAAGAUCGCGCUUGUCACAACAACUUCUUACAAAACGACCGUAAAGCUUGGCCUUCAACACAGUGUAAGACGAUACCAAGAACUUCUUUAUCAGUAUGUAGAUACUGCUGCACCGACCCUGGAUGUAACAAAGCAUUGCCUGCUCAUGUAUGCGGACCGAUAUCUCCUCCCGAGAAUGGGCACGUGUCUUGUUCAACUUCAAAAGUUCAAUCUUCAGUUUGUACUUUCACGUGUGAUCCGUGUCAUAACCUGGUUGGAUCCAGAGUUCGAAUGUGCUUAGAAGACUCUGCUUGGUCAGGAACGGAAACGAAAUGUGUUUAUGAUAACUCGCUUCCUGGUUGCGCCGUGGGUACAACAUGUCCAGCAAAAUCUAUCUUGUCUCCGGACAAUGGAAACGUUGAAUGUUCGAACUCUAACAAAUUUGGAUCUGAAUGUCGAUUCAUAUGUGAUAGAGGAUACAUGAUCAACGGAAAACGUGUUUUAAGAUGCAAUGAGAAUACAAGAGAUUGGGACGCAGUGAGACCCAUCUGUGUUAGAGGUGAUGAUACUUCCAAUCCUUGCAACGUUUUCGCCGUUUUUGAUUUUGCUUCCGAUGGAAAACUUGAAUGUGAAUGCAGUACUGGAUUUCGAGGUGAUGGUUACAUUUCCUGCGAAGACGUAAACGAAUGUCAAGAAGGAUCCCACGUUUGCGAUUCAAACGCAAUUUGCAUCAAUACAUUGGGAUCUUACAGAUGCAAAUGCAAAGUUGGUUACGUCGGAAACGGGCGGGAAUGCCGUGACAUUAACGAGUGUACGUCAUCAGAAAACGAUUGUGACGUGGAAAAUGGACUUUGCAUUAACAUCGAUGGCGGAUAUACAUGCACAUGCAAGCCAGAAUACACGGGAGAUGGCGUGAAUUGCUCAAGAGUGAACCUGUCCUGUCCUGGAGGGCUAGUCGAUGAUCUUUGCUUACCCGAUGAACCAGCACAUGGCGAAGAUCCGACAAAACCAGUUGAGUUAAUGGAGGAAGAACCGCCUACUGAUAAGCAACUCUUUUCUGAUGGUUUCUCUUCUCUUGCUAAAGUUGAUAGUUGCGUAAGAUUGACUGAACAUAGACCUUCGAUGGUGCGAGAUCCAAACACUUAUGAAAACAUGAACAAAAAAUUACUGAAUAAAUUGAUGUCAUAUUCCAACAGUAGUCGAAUAGUAUUCGGUCCAUGGAUAGGAUUAGACGAUAGAAUUGAAAGCGGAGUACUGAGAUGGAGAGACGGUAAACCGCUUGACCGAAAGGACUUUCAAGUGUGGGCUCCCGGUCAACCAAAACUAUUGGAAGAUGGAGGUUUGGGAAAUUGUGUGAACCUUAUAUCCGAUCCUGUUUCCAGUCAUACAACAAGCUUCUUAUGGCAAGUCACGUUGUGCAGCAGUGCAACUCGAUAUGUAUGUGACACUGAGCGAAGUGAUGAACCAAUUGUUUCUCUCUGCAUCCCUCUUGUGGAUCCAACACACGGCAAAGUCUCCUGCUCAAAUGGUUGGAGAAUCAACUCAGUAUGCUCGUAUUCUUGCGACCCUGGUUAUAUUCUCCGAGGCCCGAGCAGUAGAAUUACUUGCCAAUCUAAAAAUAUGAUGUGGGAUAACGAGCCGCCAGUGUGUGUCCGUGCUAUUUGCGACCGACCAUUGAUGCCUCCUAAUUCUGGACGAAUGGAAUGUACAGAUGAAAACAGGGAAUUCUCAGUUUGUAGAUUCACAUGUAAACCCGGUUAUACGUUACAUGGUAAUUCAACCGUGACUUGUCAAAGAAAUUUGAAAUGGAGUUCUCAGAGGCCUUGUUGCCGAGAUGAUUGUCCACCAUACGCAAGAAUGAAUUUGAUUAUGGUAUUGGAUAGUUCAAGGAGUAUAAAUGCGGAGAAUUUUGAAUUGAUCAAAACAUUUGCAAAAAGACUUCAUAGAAGGUUUGAAGUUUCCGAAGAUUUUACUCACGUAUCAGUCAUAUCAUACAGCAGCAGAGUUGAAUUACUGAACAACAAAACUGUUUUUAAAUCAAGCGAUGAACUCGACUCAGCUUUAGAUAAUCUUGCCUACGAGGGAGCCGGAACUCUGAUAGGUAGAGCAAUAACCUACGUCACAGACAACCUGGCAGGCAAAAGACCAGGCAGUGGAGAUAUUGUUGUCGUACUCACAGAUGGUAUUUCACAUGAUGACGUUUAUUUUCCUUCUAAAACUCUCCAAGAGACAGGAGCUCAUAUCAUAGCUGUUGGUGUUCGACAUGCAUGGAGAUACCAAUUACAAAUGAUUGCGUCAGAGCCUACUGACGUCAACGUCGUUGAAGUUGAAACAUAUAAUGACCUAAAUCAUAUUGUUAACGUAAUAGGCGAAAAAGUUUGCCAUUUAUCAUGCUGAUUAUCAUAUUUUAGUAAGUUUGCGAUAACUUCAUAAAAUUCAAGACAGAUUAGACUUACCUCCUUUCUAUUAUCCUAGCGAGAACGUAAAUUCCAGCGCCAAAAGGUAUUGUGACGUAAUAUUUCACAUUUUUGAUGUUACAUUUUUGGAUUAAACAACUCGUUUUGUCACGCUGGACUGCGAAACACCAAUAAUCUAAGUACAAUACGUACUUAAUUUUACAGGAGCUCUGUUACCCAGCAUUUUGACGGUCAUAUCUGAGAAAUUGGUGGACUUAUUUCAGAAAAUGUAAAUUUUACUAAAAUGCCCAAAACUGAAAAGUGGCAAAUGCAUAAUGACAAAUUUGAAAAUUAGGAAAUGCUUACACUUUUAUCCCUUAUUUGCAACGUAUCAAAAUGAACUGUUCCAAGCUUUACGAAAAUUAUUGUAAUAUUCUUUUAAUUUUCUUGUAAAAAGUUAUAUUUCUAUACUUCUUUUAUAUUUUAUAUAAUUUAUUUUGAACAUUCCCAUUUUAUCAGUACAUUACUGACAUUGUGUAUACUGCCGCCAUUAUUUUUCUUAUUUCAAAGACAUUCUCGCCUAAGCCCAAAAUAUCGCCAUUAACCUUGGCUGAGAAAUGCUGGCGCUCCAGUAGUGUGUGUACCAAUAUGGAGGUAACUAAUUUUCUUUGCAAACUUUACAUCAAGUCGUGUAAAGAGACUGAAACCUAUGGACAGGGGGUAUAUUCACUUGGCUAACACAAAAAGUCUCCGAACUCUUAAUAGAACUAAUAUACGCAAAAUCAGAAUACAAUUAUGGCCUAACUCUAAUCUGGUACACACACUACGGGAGUACCGAAAUAUUUGCUGUUUUUACUUUAGAUCUAUUUUCCCCUUUAUGAGGAUUAUUUGCCAUUGGUUCAAGUAAUAUGGUCGAUUUUUCAAAUUUUACUUUUAUUGAAAUCAUAUUUUUCGCCUCAAACAAGCACC